GCUGACGCAAUAAGAAAAAGAAACUGGGGGCCAUUUCUCAUUCAUCCCCCCACAAAAGCUGCCCAGUGUCCGUCUUCUUCUUUUUCAGACCAUGUACCUCGCCUUCCCCUCCAGAUUCCGGUCACUGGACCUCUCUCUUCUCCUUUCCCGGAAACCGGGGCACCCCUUCUCAGACUGGAGAAAGUCCCGCCUAUCUUCUGUUUCUCUUCCCGAUCCACCCGCUUUCAUGACCGAGAGGAGGUACCAACUCCCUCUCACGGCCAAGAAACGGCCUUUGAUUGAAGGAGUGAGCGAGGAGUUGAAUCUGAUUGCUUCCCAAAAUCUUGAUUAUGCUCCAGCUCGCAGACGUGUUCGAUCGGCUUUCAUUGAUGUGCAGCAGCAGCUUGAUCAUUGCUUGUUCAAGAUGGCUCCUGCUGGGAUCAGAACAUUGGAGUGGUACGAGAUGAAUUCAAGGGGAAUGGAGAUUUUCUGCAAAUGCUGGAUGCCGGAACUAGGCGUUGGAAUUAAAGGUGUUGUGUGUUUUUGCCAUGGCUAUGGUGACACUUGCACUUUCUUCUUUGAAGGUAUUGCCAGGCAAAUCGCUGCAGCUGGGUAUGGAGUUUAUGCAAUGGACUAUCCAGGUUUUGGUCUAUCUGAAGGAUUGCAUGGUUACAUCCCAAACUUCGAUGAAUUAGUCGAUGAUGUUAUUGAACAAUACACAAAAAUCAAGGAAAGACCUGAAUCGAGAGGAUUACCUCACUUUAUAUUGGGACAGUCAAUGGGUGGAGCUGUUACUCUCAAAGUUCAUCUGAAGGAACCACAGGGAUGGGAUGGGGUUGUGCUUGUAGCCCCAAUGUGUAAAAUUGCAGAAGAAGUGAAACCUCCAGCGGCAGUCUUGAAAGUGUUGACAGUUUUGUCUAAAGUCAUGCCAAAAGCAAAGCUGCUACCAGAGAGAGACCUCGCCGAGCUGGCCUUCAGAGACCUGAGGAAAAGGAAAAUGGCUGUUUACAAUGUGAUCUGCUACAAUCACAGAAUGCGACUGAAAACUGCGAUGGAACUUUUGAAAGCCACUAGCGAGAUUGAGUUGCAAAGUAGUGAAGUUGAUAAUCCUCAUCCAUUGUCAUUAGCAUGA